CCUCCCCAAUGGAAGAAAGAUUGAAACUCUAGAUGAAGGAGCCGUGAGAGUAAUCAACUUGUAUUGAAGGAAACCAAAUAAGAGGAUCAGAAUAUAUCUAAAGGCAGAUUUAUUCACCAAUUCGUCCACUCAGAAGCGUCUUAUCCUCAAAGAAAGUCGCUAAUCGCCAUGGAUAUGGAGGUUCCAGUUCUCGAUAUGCUUUUCCUUCCUUUCUUGACACCGGGGCACAUGCUCCCCAUGGUGAACAUGGCAAGAUUGCUUGCCGCACGCGGCGUCAAAGCCACCAUUGUCACCACUCCAUCCAACGCCAGCCUCUUCCGCAGUGCCAUCGACGAAGACACCCAUUCCGGCCUCAAAAUCCGAUUCCACAUCCUCAGGUUCCCCUCCUCAGAGGUUGGGUUGCCCCAGGGAGUCGAGAAUUUCUACUCCAUCAAUUCCCUUGAGAUGGCCCAGAAGCUCUAUCUGGCGGUCACGAUGCUCCAACAACCGAUCGAACAACUGAUCCGAGAGCUUCGCCCUCAAUGCAUUGUCUCGGACAUGUUCUUUCCUUGGACUUCCAACCUCGCCGCCGAGCUUGGGAUUCCAAGGCUCUUCUUUGAUGGUAUGAGUUUCUUCUCUCACUGCGUCUCCGAGAGCCUCAGAGUAUUUGCGCCCCACGAGAAGGUUCAGUCGGAUACAGAACCCUUCUUGUUGCCGGGUCUUCCUGAUCAUAUAACCAUUACGAGGUCGCAACUACCAGAUUUCGUCAACGAUCCAAACAGUGAGACAGCCCAGUUAAUUAAUCAAAUCAGAGAAUCGGAGUUGCAGAGCUACGGCGUUGUGAUUAAUAGCUUCUACGAAUUGGAGCCCAAUUACGUCGAGCAUUACAAGAAAGUCCUGGGAAGGAAGGCAUGGCAUGUGGGCCCACUGUCUCUCGUUAACAGGACCACCGAGAAUGUCACGAGAGGGGACGGGCAUGGCUCAUCAUCUUCGUACGAUGACUGUCUCAGAUGGCUUGAUUCCAUGGAGCCCAAAUCUGUUCUCUACGUUUGUUUUGGGACCCACCCUUGCUUUCCUGCAACUCAAUUGGGUGAGAUUGAGUCGGGUCUUGAAGCAUCAGGGCAUCCCUUCAUCUGGGUUAUCAGAGGAAAAGAGAACCUGCAGGAGCGAUGGCUUCCAGAAGGGGUCAAAAAGACGACGAAGGGUCUGAUAAUAACGGGGUGGGCGCCGCAGGUAUUGAUAUUGAACCAUCGAGCCAUUGGAGGGUUCCUCACUCACUGUGGAUGGAACUCAAUAAUGGAAGGCGUGAGUGCAGGGGUGCCCAUGAUCACCUGGCCAAUCACCUCGGAGCAGUUCUACAAUGAGAAGCUGGUGACGCCGGUGCUGAGGAUAGGAAUAGCAGUGGGUGCCAAAAUGUGGAGUGCAUUCGAGUUUGAUGGAGAAAUGGCGAAGGAGGUGGUGAAGAGGGGGGAAAUAGAGAAGGCAGUGAUUAGGUUGAUGAUGAGUGGCGGUGGAGGAGAAGAGGAAGAAGCAAAGCAGAUGAGAAGGCGAGCAAGGGAGAUGAGCGUUAAGGCCAAGAGGGCUAUGGAAGAAGGUGGGUCGUCUUACUCUGACUUGACCGACUUGAUCAACGACCUUAAAGGUCGGUGUGGUUAGACACCAUUUGCAUUAGCUCUCCAUGCUGA